CUCGGCUGGGGCCCCGACCAAUAGCGAGCGGCGUUGUUGGGUUGGGUCGGGUCGGGUCGGUGGCCGGGACUGGCUGAGCUCCUUCCUCCCGAAUCAUGGCAGACGAGAAUGAGACGGCGAUAAAGGAGCACGACGAGUGCGGCAGCGACUGCGACAAUGAGGAGGACGACGCUCAUAACAAGGAUAAGAGCCCAGGCGAUGAAACGGGAGCCAAAAAGAAGAAGAAGAAACCAAAACGCAAGAAGGACAAGUCUGGGGGCAAGCUAGAUUUGGACGAUCAAUCAAAGGUUAAUUCACUGCCCGCUGAGAAGCUGCAGGAGAUUCAGAAGGCGAUCGAGCUGUUCUCUAUCGGCCAGGGACCGGCCAAGAGCAUGGAAGAGGCAACCAAACGAAGCUACCAGUUCUGGGACACGCAGCCUGUACCAAAGCUUGGUGAGGUGGUCACCGUCCAUGGGCCCAUUGAACCAGACAAGGACAACAUCCGACAGGAGCCCUACACUCUACCACAGGGAUUCUUGUGGGAUGCCCUGGACCUCGGCAAUGCUGAAGUGUUGAAAGAGCUGUACACUCUGCUCAAUGAGAACUAUGUGGAGGAUGACGACAACAUGUUUCGGUUUGAUUACUCCCCCGAGUUCUUACUGUGGGCUCUGCGUCCUCCAGGCUGGCUGCCCCAGUGGCACUGUGGAGUGAGGGUUGUGUCAAACAAGAAAUUAGUUGGUUUCAUCAGUGCCAUUCCAGCUAACGUUCAAAUCUACGACCACGAAAAGAGGAUGGUGGAGAUCAACUUCCUGUGCGUGCACAAAAAGCUGCGGGCAAAGCGAGUGGCUCCGGUCCUGAUCCGCGAGAUCACACGGAGAGUCAACCUCGAAGGCAUCUUCCAGGCUGUGUACACGGCAGGCGUGGUCCUUCCCAAGCCUGUGGGCACCUGUAGGUAUUGGCACAGGUCGCUGAAUCCACGCAAACUAGUUGAGGUGAAAUUCUCGCAUCUCAGCAGAAACAUGACUAUGCAAAGGACAAUGAAGCUUUACAGGCUCCCAGAGACAACAAAAACGUCUGGCUUGCGGUUGAUGGAGCAGCGGGAUGUGCCGGGUGUGUGCGCGCUGCUGAGGGAGUACCUCAGGCAGUUCCACUUGACUCCAGUAAUGAAUGAAGAGGAGGUUGCUCACUGGUUUAUGCCUCAGGAAAAUAUUAUAGAAACUUACGUGGUGGAGAAUUCUGAGAAAAAAUUGACGGAUUUCUUCAGUUUUUACACCCUCUCAUCCACCAUCAUGCACCACCCCAUUCACAAGAGCCUGAAAGCUGCUUACUCUUUUUAUAAUGUCCACACCAAGGCUCCUCUCGUCGACCUCAUGAACGACGCUCUCAUCAUUGCUAAGUCGAGAGGGUUCGAUGUUUUCAAUGCACUGGAUCUAAUGGAAAACAAAACCUUCCUAGAAAAGCUGAAGUUUGGGAUUGGAGAUGGAAACUUGCAGUAUUAUUUGUACAACUGGAAGUGCCCGAGCAUGGCGGCCGAGAAGGUUGGGCUGGUGUUGCAGUAAUCUCCCAUGUCGCUGAUGUUGGUAGAAAUCACCAGUCAGUCCCAUCAGGAAUAUCCUCCGAUCUCUCUGACCUGACCUGACGGCAGCCACUGAACCAGAAAACCUCGCGAGAAAUGGGAGGGAAAAGGAGCCCAUUGGAUUGGGGGAAAAAAAAGUUUACAGAUUCUAUCACCCAGUUAUAUACAGUUAUUUCCCACUAACCCACCCCAACACCACUCCCCACCCCUUUCCCCCUGUGGAACUAAAAAAGAUCGAGAUAUAUAUAUAUAUAUAUGCAUUGCACAUGCUUUUAACACAUGGAAUGUGACCAGGCAGAUUUGCAAAGGCAGUCAGUCUCAGACUUGUUCAAAGCUGUGUUAAAUAUUUUCUGAUGUUGAUUGAGCUGUGACCACAUCUAAAACCCACUCCCCACCUUCCUCCCCCCCC